AUCCCGGCCAAAUGUUGAAUCCCUGUAUCAUUCGCUGCCUCAGUCUGUGCGAGAAAUCAAUUUCCACUCAACCUUCCCCUCCUCUCGCGGGGUCCAGAGGAAGACAGAGCGGAGGGCAAAAGACUCCCGAGGUGCUCUUUAUGCCCAUCCUGGCUCCCAGGGUGAGCCCAGGGAGGGAGAGAGGGAUGGUCCUCCAGGAGGGUCCGGGGUGGCCAGCGGGGCCCAUUUCACAGCCCAAACACAAACCCCCCAACCGGGAGGAUCAGCACCAGCCCCUCAGUCCCACAAGCAAUGCCGUAAGGGACAUAGGUUUCAAAGAGGAAAGGAAAGGAAGGUCCCGAAUAGAGAGGGAGAAGGAGAGAGACACUUGGGAUUUGGGUUUGGAGAAGGGAUGGGGCCGUGGGGAGGGGAGAGAGCAGGAAUCAGGAUCUUACCCGACCAAGCAGGCAGGUGAUCGUUCCUGCGGGGGGAAGGGGGGGAGCGGGGGAUGCGAAAAUGGCAAAAGAAUGCGUCCUGCCGCCCAGCCGUUCCCAGCGCGCUCUCUCCCGGUGACCGUGCGGGAAUCGGAGGGGGCGCAGGAGACUCACCUCGCCGCCUGCCACCUGCUCCGCGGGGACGGGCCCCAGAACCUCCAAAGCUCUCGCUUCUCAAUCAAUCUGGUGCUGAGGUUUCAGAUGUGAGUCAAUGGCUCUGAGUCUCGGGCUGCAGGAUUCGCCGUGAAAUCAGGACCUUGGAGAGCUCCCGCCGCUGCCGCAGCCGCCAGCGCUGCAGCCCCUGCGUUUCUAUCCACCGAGCGGGGUCCCCUUGCCUGAGCCUUGGGCGCAGCGCCCCCGACUGCACUCGGCCUCAUCGGCAUCUUCAGCCAUUCGACACCCCCUCCCCCCAAAUGCUGAGGAUCUGGUCAUGCUAAAGUGAUCACAGUGGCUCAUGUGGGGGGGACAGGGAGGAGGGGGAGAGCGGCCGUGCUGGGCUUCUAUAUACUAUGCUUCCCACAGUUGCUGGGUCUGGGAGGGUUCAAGGGAAAUCCUAGGGAAAUGUGCUGGUGGAAGACGAUUAAUCGUAAUCAUGAGGCUCCCAACGCAGGUAACUCUUAGAGCCCUGAGAGAGGGGAGCUCAGAGCAGGAUUUCGGAGGCAGUGCCCUCUCGCAUUCUCAUUGGAUCCUUCCCAGCAGCCUCAGUCACUCUUGCUGCUCUCUCUACCCGGAUGCCUACAGCCUCGCUCACUAGUUCUCUCUCUAGCUCCUUGUCUUCAGCACAGCUUUUGACUCCUCUUUUGCAGAUUUCCCUGUAUUCCAGCUCCUGUUCUCUGGGGUUACAGGACUUGUGUUUUUCUCCACUCUGUGGGGAGGUGGAGUCUGUGAAUUUUCAUUUUGGCUGCCUAAAGAUCAUCCCAUUAGAAGCCCCUUUCCACCACCACCGCUCCCCCCACCCCCAAACUAAAAGGCACCUCCUCCACAUUUUGCUCCCCUUCCUUGGGGGUUCUUGGCUCUCCGGGUAACGGGUUUUGACUUGGUUACAUGCCACCGGGAAGCGCUGAUUAUUUCAAAGUUCCACCAGCCUGCAGCUCGUCACCGUACCUUGCUUCGGGAGAUCAUGGAAUGUCUGUGUGAAUUCUGGAGAUAUUUGUUCUCCCUGUCAUCGUGCUUCCGGCGAUUUCCUUUGGUGUUGAGGGCAAGCUAAGAGGAUGAAGGCGCCAGGUGCCCAGAGGAAGCAUGGUAUGGCGCAGCGGAGCCGGUGCUGAAGUGCUCUCUCUGAUGGCUCUAUGGGAGUGGAUAGCCCUGAGUCUGCAUUGCUGGGUGUUCGCCGUUGCUGCCGUCUCCGACCAGCAUGCCACAAGCCCCUUCGACUGGCUCCUGUAUGACAAGGGACCCUUCCAUCGCUCACAGGAAUACACUGAUUUUGUGGACCGAAGCCGGCAGGGAUUUAGCACAAGAUACAAGAUAUACAGGGAGUUUGGCCGCUGGAAAGUAAAUAACCUGGCAGUUGAGAGAAGAAAUUUCCUCGGCUCCCCUCUGCCUCUUGCCCCCGAAUUCUUCCGUAACAUCAGACUUUUGGGACGUCGGCCUACCCUUCAGCAAAUCACAGAAAACCUUAUCAAGAAAUAUGGGACCCAUUUCUUGCUCUCUGCUACUCUGGGAGGAGAGGAGUCGCUCACCAUUUUUGUGGACAAGCGGAAGCUGAGCAGAGGAUCUGAAGGAGCUGAUUCCGGCACCAACAGCUCCUCGGUCACCCUGGAGACGCUGCAUCAGCUUGCUGCCUCCUACUUCAUCGACAGGGACAGCACCCUGCGGAGGCUGCACCACAUCCAGAUUGCAUCCACUGCCAUAAAGGUAGGAGGGAGUUUGCCUCCCAUGUCCGUCAUGCCAUUCUCUCUCCUACCUCUAGAAUCCAUCUCGAGCCCUAGCCG